AUGCUUGGCCACGUCAACAUAGAGGUGAACAUCACCAUUCGAGUCAUCUUCACUUCGAGGACCUGUGCCUGCACGAGCUUCGCGCUGUCGCGACUCAACUUCAAGCGAUACGCUGUGUAUUACAAAGGCACUGCGACUGUCCUCAUCUGCCUCGAGAACGUCCCCGAGGCCAACGUCACCCACGCGCCAAAGUUUGCCGACAGCAGCUCCAAGCCAAAUAUCCCAAAGCCACUGGAGAUGCGAGGCUCGCGUCAGACGUCAGCACGUGCCACCGUGCUGUUAAUAUCCAGUCUCCAGCCAGGACGACCGGGAAGCAGCAACGCCGAGCGCGACAUCUUACUCGCGCUAAGCGUAUCGACCGGCAAUGUAAACGAAAAGUCCGAUCACCUGAACCAGGUGAUCUACGCGGACGGAGCCUCAUUUUUCAUCCUCCCCCCUGACUCCGAGAUGCUUGCGCUUAACAUCGUCAACGCCGCGGGCACCGUGACGACCAUUAUCCUGCUCUUCUCGUCCUUCCCGGAUUUCCGACGAAUCCACUCGGAGAAACGCACAGGUGAAGUACGCGUACUGCCCGUGCUCAUGCUGGGCGUCAACUGCUUCACCUGGUCCGUGUACGGCUACCUGAGUGAAACCUACUUCCCCGUCAUGUCCCUCAACGCCUUCGGGGCGCUCACGUCGCUGGCGUUCUCGCUCGUCUUCUACCGCUGGAGCGCCGACCGUCCCACUCUUCACAAAAUGGGUGCCGUCACAGGUUCUUGGGUCAUGCUGGGGCUGCUCUUCGCGGUGCUCUGCAAGACGGACGUCAUCCACCUCUCGUCCAGCGUCCAGGAAAAGAUCACGGGCUACAUUGCUGUGGUCAUCAAUAUCGCCCUCUACGCGUCGCCCUUGCAGACGAUGAAGCUCGUGCUACAGACCAAGUCGGCGGCUUCUCUUCCAGCCACCAUGUGCUGUGUGAACCUCGUCAACGGGUCCAUCUGGGUGCUCAACGGUAUCUUGGCCGACGACAUGUUCGUACUCACUCCCAACGCUUUAGGCGUAGUGCUCAGCGUCAUCCAAGUGGCUCUGAUCAUCAAAUUUCGACACUCUGGACGCGUCAUUGAAGCGCACGACGUCGUCGUCAUGGAAGCAAAGUGCGAUGCUGUGGCUCUGUCACCUGUCGUGGAUAUCCCUGUCAAGCCUCCCGUCUAUGAAGCUGUUCAGUCUCCGGUUUGA